GCCAAAUGGAACAACCACCGACACAAGCCGCGCUAGAAAAUUAAGCUCGGCUCAUUCGCAUCGACGUCACCUUUAAGCCGAAGCCGUCAACACCAAAACCUCCAAGCUACUUUCAAUCAUCCUUCUCCCGCCAGCUCUUUCAAAUUCCCCCAAUUGAGUUCUCCCCAGUUCCAAUCUCCCCCCAGAAAUCACCGCCGAAAUGCCUCCUCGAUUCCGCUUCGCAAUCUCCUCCUCUCCCUCCUUCACCCUCCGCCGCCUCUAUUCCACCGCGGAGCCCCUCAUCCGCGUCACCAACCUUCCCGCAGCUUCAAGCGGCCACAUCCGCAUCCUCGAGCUCAACCGGCCCAAGGCCCGAAACGCAAUCUCCAAGGAUCUGCUAGCCUCUCUACGCGCGGAGAUCCACGACGUGCAGGGCCAGUACGGCCCCGAUGGGGAGGAGGUUGCUCCCCCACAGCGCUUCGGCGGAGCGGCUGGCGUGGACGAGAAGGGCCCUACGAGAGCUCUGAUUAUCGCCAGUGCUGUCGAUACGUGCUUCUGCGCGGGUGCCGACUUGAAGGAGCGACGAGGCUUUACCCAGGAAGAAACCGCCAAGUUCCUCUCCGACCUGCGAGGCGCCUUCACCGACCUCUCCAACCUCCAAAUUCCCACAAUCUCCGCAAUCUCCUCCCUCGCCCUCGGCGGUGGCCUCGAGCUCGCUCUCUCCACCCACUUCCGCGUCCUCUCCUCCAACGCCACCGUCGGUCUCCCAGAAACCAGGCUCGGCAUCAUCCCCGGCGCCGGCGGCACCUUUCGCCUGCCCGCCAUCGUCGGCCUCUCCCGCGCCCGCGACCUCAUCCUCACCGGCCGCCGUGUCGCCGCUCCGGAGGCUUACUUCCUCGGCAUUGCUGAUCGCCUCGUCGAGGUUCUGCCCGAGGACGAGCGGGAUGGCGCUGAUAUCUUGCAGACGGCCCGCAAGUCUGCGCUCUCAGAGGCCGUCAGGCUGGCGCAGGAAAUCUGCGAGGGAGGCCCCAUUGCUAUCCGCGCUGGAUUGCAGGCCGUCGCCUGGGCUAGGGAAGAGAAGGAAAAUGAAAUGUACAAGAGGGUUGUCAACACCGAGGACAGAAACGAAGCCCUGAGAGCAUUCCAGGACAAGCGAAAGCCUGUCUUCAAGGGACGGUAAUCUGGGGACAGAGUAGAAAAAUCAAAUUAAAAGCGAGAACAAAAUACACAAGCAAGACAAAGUCCAAACGGAGUAAACAAUAACAAUGCAGAUACUAAUCGCGGG